CACAGGAAAGCACCAUCCGGUCCCAAUUCUCCUGCAGUACAGGUCUUCUCCAGUCAGCAGCCAUGAAAUUCUCUCUCAUUGCAGCCGUUGUCCUGCUUGCCCUGGCACAGGGAAGCUUUGCCCAAGAAGUUGGCGAUCUUGAAAAGCUCGGUCAGUACUUGGAGGAGCUGAAGAACAAGAUGACUUUGGAGCUGACUGAGAUUAUCCGCAACCAGGACCUGACAAACCAGGCUCAGACCUUCCUGGAGGACAAGAAGACCCAGCUUGAGCCCCUGGCCUCUCAGCUCCAGGAUCAGUUGAGGACCGCUGCUGCCAGCGUGGAGGAGCAGAUCAAACCCCUGGCUGUCAACAUGCAGGCCCAGAUCCAGCCCAUGGUCGAUAACUUCCAGAAGCAGAUGGAGGCCCUUAUCCAGAGGAUGACAGAGAACACCCAGCCCAUUGCCAACUAAACCAAUAUCCAAAAGAUGCAAAUGUGCCACCACACCACCAUCUUCUCUGUUGUGGACUGAGUUAAUGGAGCUAAUUCCAUUUAUGGCUGGCCUGAAAGUGCAGGCCUGGGUACAGCAGCCUAAAUUGUGUUUCAUUGCUUGUUAACAUUGGUAUUUAUUAUCUCUGUCCCAAAGCACAAAUAAAAACUUGAAACACAAUUUAA